ACACUUUUCAGUUUGUUUAUAAAUCUCUUUACCAUCGCAUUUUCAUUGCGCAAAUGAAAUCGCCACCUCUCGAUCGUUAUUUUGUUGGCAUCGUGUGCUUUAUUUUGGUUAACACUGGAUAAAGAUAUUUCCCUUCUUUCCUUUGUUCUGUUUCUGUCCUCUUUAGCUAACAUUAAUUUUUAGCUCUCUCUUUUUUUCUCGCUUUUUUGGUAACAUCUUCGCCACUUUCAUUGGUAAACUCUUGCAGAUAAACUCUCUGUUUCUCCUUGUGUCUAUCCAUAUCUAUCUCCUUUACUUUAACCAGUUUUUUGCCUCGGCUUGUAAUAUUUAAAAUCUAAUGACAGUUCAACCUAAAGUAUCCUCGUCUCUGUACCAGAUUAAUCAAUACAAAUUGUCUCAUUAAGAAAGUCAAUCAUAAUCUUCAAUUUUCUUCUCUAAAUGCUCACCUCCUUCUCAUUGACAGUCGUGUCGUGUCUGUUUUACUUGACUCGUCUUUUAACAAAAUGUCCAAUAACCACGAUUACAUGUAAUUAACUCACAUUCUGUGUUUGUAAUUAACUGAUUGGUGUUCAUUUUAUUAAAAAAAAAGGUCCAUUGAAAAAGCAGACUAGGACACAUCAAACAACAGUAUCAAUUAAAAUCAACAAGAAACAAGCAAAGUGAUAGAGAAAAAAGAGAGAAAAGAACAAGAAGGAAAAAAAAGUUUUCUCUACUUACCGAAAAAUCUCACCAACACCUCCUAUCUUCACAGUCAUCAUCCUAAAACAGCAGCAGUAGCCGCAGCAACCAGCAAUAACGUAUUAUUUCUUCCAUUGGUUCCAUCAUCAGCAUGGUGAAAACGUGAUAAAUUUAGAUCGACACACAAGAAAAGGAGACAUCAAACACAAAAAGAAACAACCACGUACCAUUUCAAUAUUAGAAUGCGAGAUGGACGAGAAUUACUGCAAUGCCCGACUCCUGGGUGUGAUGGAAUGGGACACGUUUCGGGCAACUAUGCAACUCAUCGAAGUCUUUCUGGGUGUCCUCAUGCUGACAGAUCUCAAGUCCAAGCUCAACAUGUCGAACUUAAGUGUCCAACCCCGGGUUGUGAUGGAUCCGGUCACAUUACCGGCAAUUAUUCAUCCCAUCGUAGUCUCUCAGGAUGUCCGAGAGCUAAUAAACCAAAGAAAUCUUCCCUGAUAAAAAAAUCAAUCGUCGAAAGGCAAGAAGCUGAACCCAACAUUCGUUGCCCAGUAACUGGGUGUGAUGGUACUGGACAUAUAACCGGAAAAUUUUCAUCCCAUCGAAGCGCCUCUGGUUGUCCAAUAGCUGCUCGAUCUGGAAGGUCUAGAGGAGAAUCUGUAUCUAGUAUGUCACCUCUCGGAAGUGGGGGAGAAUCAAAUGAUAUAAGUGAAACAAGAUCCUCUAAACAUGAAGGAUUGAGCUGUCCAACACCUGGUUGUGAUGGCUCUGGUCAUAUAACCGGUAGCUUUUUAACCCAUCGUAGUCUAUCAGGGUGCCCAAGAGCAAAUUCAAGUCAUGUAUAUGGUACAAGUAAUGGUAUUUCAGUGGCGACCUCAUCAUCAUCAUCACCAGCCUCUAUGGCUAACUGUCUUAAUCAAGUUAAGCAGUGUGAUAAUAUCAAUACAGUUGGUUAUGGUAGCAAUAUUGGUACGGGUGGUAGUGGUGCUGGAGGUGGUAUAUGUGUUGAUGGUAAUAGUAGUUGUAGUAGUAAUGCUGGCUCUGGAGGUUCAGCGAGCCGAAAUUUCGGAAACAAAUUAGAUGAUUUAACAAAUACUCUCAAUGUAACGAUGAUUUGGACACCAAAUUAUGGUACCAAUGGUAAUCAUAUCAGCCAAGCUGGUAGUGUGACUAAUAGUGUAUCAAGCUGCUCAUAUGCUUCUAUGGAGCAAGAAGGGAACUUUGAUCAACACCAAGACGAUAUUAAAAGCUUAGAAGACGAAAUCUAUGAACUUCAAGAGUCAAACGCCAAAUAUGAAAAUGAAAUGAUGAGAGUGAAAUCAGAUAUAAAUCACAUUGAGCAACAAAUUAAGCACACUGAAAGGGAAAAUCAACAAAUUAGUAAACAAACAGCCUACUUAACGGAAUAUUAUGAAUCUUUGAGGAAUAAUUUCAUAUCAAUUUUGGACAAUGUACGAGUGCCCAAUCUCGAGGAGAAGCCUUCUACUGACAAUUUUGACACCUUUUUGAAUGAGCUAUCACAAUUGUUCACUGAAAGUUAUAAGGACGAAAACAAAGCUAUAUUUACAUCUAUGAAACAAGCUCUUCAAGAUUUUCCUGUAACAACGCCUCAACCUCCAAACUACUCACCAAUUCUUUCGGAUUUAGAUUUUUCUUGAAGAUCUCAUCCCAGGUUAAAAAUUUCAUUUCAUCCUCAUGAUACUAUCCAAUGGAAUAGCUGUCUCUCAAGACUGCCGUAGCGAUAUGGUUUCUUUAUUUUUUUGAACUCAACCAACUUUUAUCGGAUCUCAAACAACAACUAUACAACUUUUCAGCCUCUUCAAUAUUUUGUUUAACCCUUUACAAUUAUUUUACUCUUUAAUGUUAACAAGCUACUAGUUUAUGUACAAUAUUGAUCUAGUCAUGGAUGGGUCUUCAGAAGCUAUCCAAAUCAAUGUGAACCUGAAAAUUUGAAGUCAGCAAGAACAUGAAAAGAAACCAAAACUCUUAAAGGAUCAGUGACACACGAUUUGUGAUACAUUUAUUAUGUAUAUCUAUAAAAGUUUAUUUAAAUGUUCACAUUUGCAACGUGUAAAUGAAAAUGAAGACGGAACCAAAAUUGCUCAGGUUUAUACUAGCGAUAUUUAUUUUCUUUCAAACCAUCGUCAACCUCACAACGUUGAAUUGCAGAUAAACAUCUACUCAAAAUCCUUGUUACUGUUAUUUCUUGUCAAUGAAAAAAGUCCAUCAUCAACUUGGAAAAUUUAAAUCAUUCUUAAGCGCAUUGAUGGUCAAUUAACCAGGAAUAUAGUAACCAAGCUAUCAACGUGGGAACGACUUGUUAUAUAUUUGAUUAGUUUGCAUGGCACAAGGAGAUGUAAAAGUUAAUCUGGAGAGAAAUGCUGAGGACAAAAAAAUAUUGGAAAAUAAUAAUUAAAUUUAAUAAUAAUAAUCAUAAUAAUAUUAACAAUAUCAAUUGCAAAACAAAAACCAAGUCAACUGAAGAUCCGAAUCUGCAAUAUCAAGUCUAGACAAAGAGCGCACAUCAUAUUGAUGGAAAAAUGGCCGAAGUUACCCGAGUAAACCAAAAAUGAUUCAACAUUCAACUAUGUGUAAAUGAAAAUGAAACUUCUGCUGACAGAUUCAAUUAACCAGGAAGAUUGAUUCUUCUAAUUAUACUUUGGCCACUUUCUCUUUCUCUUUUCUUCAACUCUUUUUCAUUUAAUUUCUCUCAUCUUCUCUUUUCUCAUCUUCAUCCUUUUUUCCAAUUGCAGAAUGAUAACUCACUUGGCUACCCAUUUUAUCAUCUUUAUGAUGAUGCGAAUGCGCUUUUAACAUUGGAUGGAAAACUCCUUUUUCUGUAAAUUAAAGAACCAUUGUUUAAAUUAUUGCAAUUAACAGUAUUUAAACUCAUCUAA